AUGCAGGAAGAGAUUAUCGCUCUAGAGACCAAUCACACCUGGGACAUUGAGUCUUGUCCUUCCACUAUAGUUCCCUUAGGUUGCAAAUGGGUUUAUUUAGUCAAGGUUCACUCUAAUGGAAGUUUGGAUCGUUAUAAAGCUCGGCUUGUUGCCCUUGGGAAUAAUCAGGAAUAUGGUGUCAAUUAUGAAGAGACAUUUGCUCAUGUGGCUAAGAUGACCAUUGUUCGUAUGAUCCUAGCUCUUGCUGCUUCCAAUAAUUGGCUUCCAAUAAUUGGCCACUACAUCAUAUGGAUGUCAAGAAUGCAAUUCUUCACGGGAACCUUAAAGAGUAGCAAGUAUGACACUUCAUUGUUUCUUCGGAAAUCAGACAUGGGUAUUGUUGUCCUUUUGAUUUAUGUUGAUGAUAUUGUGAUCAGUGGUUUCGAUUAUGCUUUACUUGUCCAGCUCAAGACUCAUCUCUCAUAA